GCUGGCGCCGGCUCGCGCGGAGCUCGGGCGAGGGGACGGCGGGCCCGGGCGGCAGCUGAGCAUCGCCUGCGUGGGCGGCAGGGCCGCGGCCUCUGUGCUCGGGCAGCACCACCUGUCGCGGGGCCGGGACGUCGGGUAUGGGGCCAAGGAGAGUAAUCUCCAGCAGCCAAUGGCCUGGCAGUUUUCAGUUUAUAAACACCACCAGAGAAUAAGUUCCGCUGCCUCCAAGGCCUAGGCAGUGUGAAUGGCACACCAGGGAAGAAACCACAGAUAAUCUCAGCUCAGUAUCCAAGAAACGCUCUAGUGAAAGAAAAGAUGCUGUCUCGGUUAAGAGUAGUUGCCCCUCCUUGUUCUCGGGCAUGUCGGCGUCUAAGUACAAAAGAGAAAGGCAAGCCGCUUAUGCUGAACCCAAGGACAAACAAGGGAAUGGCAUUUACUUUACAGGAACGACAAAUGCUUGGUCUUCAAGGACUUCUACCUCCCAAAAUAGAGACACAAGAUAUUCAAGCCUUACGAUUUCACAGAAACGUGAAAAAAUUGAGUGGGCCUUUGGAAAAGUACAUCUAUAUAAUGGGAUUACAGGAAAGAAAUGAGAAAUUGUUUUACAGAAUUCUACAAGAUGAUAUUGAAACUCUGAUGCCAAUUGUAUAUACACCAACAGUUGGUCUUGCCUGUUCACAAUAUGGACACAUCUUUAGAAGACCUAAGGGAUUAUUUAUUUCAAUCUCAGACAGAGGUCAUGUUAGAUCAAUUGUGGAUAACUGGCCAGAAAAUCAUGUUAAGGCUGUUGUGGUGACUGAUGGAGAAAGAAUUCUAGGUCUCGGAGACCUGGGUGUCUAUGGAAUGGGCAUCCCAGUAGGCAAACUCUGUUUGUACACUGCCUGUGCAGGGAUACGACCCGAUAGAUGCCUGCCUGUGUGCAUUGAUGUAGGAACCGAUAAUCCGGAACUCUUAAAAGAUCCCUUUUAUAUGGGUUUAUAUCAGAAAAGAGAUCGCUCACAGCGUUAUGAUGAACUGAUUGAUGAGUUUAUGAAAGCCAUUACUGACAGAUAUGGACAGAACACACUUAUUCAGUUUGAAGACUUUGGAAAUCAUAAUGCAUUCAGGUUCUUGAGAAAAUAUCGAGAAAAAUAUUGUACCUUCAAUGAUGAUAUUCAAGGGACAGCAUCAGUUGCUCUAGCAGGUCUUCUUGCAGCAGAAAAAGUUAUUGGUAAACCAAUCUCACAACACAAAGUCUUAUUUCUUGGAGCAGGAGAGGCUGCUCUUGGAAUUGCCAAUCUUAUAGUCAUGGCCAUGGUAGAAAAUGGCCUCUCAGAAGAAGAAGCACAGAAGAAAAUUUGGAUGGUUGAUAAGUUUGGUUUAUUAUAUAAGGGACGGAAAGCUAACAUAGAGAGUCAUCAGGAAGCAUUCGCUCACUCGCCACCGCCGAACAUACCUGAAACCUUUGAAGAGGCAGUAAAUACACUUAAGCCUUCAGCUAUAAUUGGAGUGGCAGGAGCUGGCCCCCUCUUCACUCCUGGAGUAAUCAAAGCCAUGGCUAGUAUCAAUGAACGGCCUAUAAUAUUUGCAUUAAGUAAUCCCACAGCGAAGGCUGAAUGCACAGCCGAAGAAGCAUAUACUCUUACAGAGGGAAAGUGUUUAUUUGCCAGUGGAAGUCCAUUUGGGCCAGUGAAACUCCAUGAUGGGCAACUCUUCACUCCAGGCCAAGGAAACAAUGUAUAUAUUUUUCCAGGUGUCGCUUUAGCUGUUAUUCUCUGUAAUACCCGGCAUAUUAGUGACCAUGUUUUCCUAGAAGCUGCAAAGGCCCUCACGAGUCAGUUGACGGAUAAGGAACUAGCUCAAGGAAGACUUUACCCACCACUUUCCAAUAUUCAAGAAGUUUCAAUUAACAUUGCUAUUAAAGUUACAGAAUACCUGUAUGCAAAUAAAAUGGCUUUCCGAUACCCAGAACCUGAGGACAAGGCCAAAUUUGUCAGAGAAAGAAUUUGGCGAAGUGAUUAUGAUUCCCUGCUCCCAGAUGUGUAUGAAUGGCCAGAAUCUGCGUCAACCCCUCCCCAGAUAACGGAAUAGAAAAAUCACAAUUAAAAAUACUUUCCACACUUCAGGGAAUACUUUUCCCCCCAGACAAAAAGAGAUAAUGUUAUCAGAUUUUUUUCCCCUCUGUUUUAUUCUCACCACUUUGCUUGACUUUCUCCAUGGCUCUCAUGUCUGUGUGGGGUAAAUGUAUUGGCUGUAUUGUUGAUGCCCACCAGUACUCUACAAUCAGAUAACCGUAACUCCUUCACGCUGAUUAGUAGCCCUUGUCACAAGAAAGAGAUGUUAAAAUGUAUUUGUGAAUAUCUACCUGUACUUUCGUUCACACUUGCCAAAGUAUUUGCUAUUUACUGUAUAGGUGAUUGUUUUCUCUUUUAGGGCUACUAAAACAGAAAUAUACUUGUGUGAUAUAAGUACAGGAUUAUGAGAAGCCAAAGUAACCAAAUUCUAAAGAUUAAUUAUCAGUAUCUGAAAAUGGUCUUUACUUCAGCUUCAUUUUAUCUUCAUGCUCUGAAAUUCCUUUAUAGUAGAUAAACCUGGAGAAAUAUCAAAAACCUAGCCUAUUUAUUUUCCAAUAAUAAAUUGAGGUUUAAGUAUAACAUUUUGGGGAAAAAUAUGGGCACUACUGCUGCAUUUAGACAAAUGAAAUAGACAUUGUUUUCAAUGGUGUAUAAAAAUCAUAGUGUAUUUAAUAAAGAAAGUAUCUUAAAUUUAAUUGCUUCAAUUAUGCUAUUUUAUUGCCCAAUGAGAAAUUUAGGUUUGCUGUUAUGAAAGCAUAUUUUCAUUUUGUUUAUUUAUAGAUGAUCUGAGGUAUGGGAGCACAUGAUACCAUUUAAUAAAUUAUGACUGAUAUGUGACUUUUAAUAAAUUAGUCACAU